AUGAGUGCCUCAACCCAGCCAGACGAGGUCCGAGUCGACCACGAUGCAGCGGCCACGAGCCGGAAGCUGCAGGCCAACGCGGCUGUCGCGAGGGCCAACGUGGACAACCUGCGAGACGACCCGGAGGCCAGGGCGGCGUUUCUGUCGACGUUCUCGGCAGAGGAGGAGAGGUCUGUCAUCAACAAGGUGGACAAGGCGUUCUUGGUCCUCAUCGGGGUCAUGUUCAUGAUCAAGCAGAUCGAUCAGACAAAUGCGUCCAACGUCAGGGUUCUGCAGGUCGGCGAACCGCGCAACAUCAUGAAAGAGCUCGACAUGACGUCUGACCAGUACAACUGGGUUGGGUCCAUCUACGGCAUCGCCUACAUCAUAUUCGAGGCGCCCAGCAACCUGCUGCUGAAAAAGAUGAGUCCGCAUCUGUGGCAAUCCCGCAUCUUCCUCACCUGGGGGAUCAUCACCGCGUGCCAGGCCGCAGCACAGAACCGACAUCAACUCUACGCCAUGCGUUUUCUGCUUGGCAUGUUCGAGGCCGGCAUGUUCCCCGGCAUCAUGGCCCAGCUGUCGAGCUGGUACCGCACCGACGAGAUCGGAAAGCCCGUCACCUGGUUCUUCGCCAUGUCCAACCUCGCCGGCAUCGUCGGCUCCCUGCUCUGUUACGCCAUCAGCUACCUCAACGGCGCCCGCGGCCUCAGCGCCUGGAGGUGGGUGUACCUGCUCGAGGGGCUCGCGACGGUCGUCUUCUCCGGCGUAGUCUUCUGGUUCCUGCCGGACUACCCAAAGUCCCCGCGCAGCGCCCGCUUCCUGACGGAGCGGGAGCGGGAGUUCGUCGAGGCCAGGCUCCCCGAGAACGCGCCGCUGACGAGCGACCCGGACUUCGCCGGCCGGGAGAUCUGGGCCGUGCUCCGGACGCCGCUCAUCUGGUCCUUCAUGCUCUCGCAGACGCUCAUCAACAUUGGCGGCUACGCGCUAACGUGGUAUCUGCCGACCAUCGUGACGAAUCUGGGGUUCGUCGGGCUGCCGAGGAACCAGCUGCUCAACAUGCCGCCGGCGUUUGCAGCCAUCGUUGGCCUGAUCUUCUCGGCGUGGUUCAUGUCGAGGGCAUACAUCGUGCGGCCGGCGUACAUCAUGAUCCUCAUGUCCGGCAUGGUCGUGUGCUUCGUGCUUUUCUUCACCAUCACCAACCGCUACGGCAUCUACAUAUCCUGCAUCUUGGGCACUCUAUUCUACCAGUCGUACUUCAUCCCUUUCUGGGCCUGGCGGUCCGCCACGCUCUCAGGGUCGACGGGCACCGCCUUCACCCUCGGCCUGCAGUCCGGCAUCGCGCAGCUGGGCGGCGUCAUCGGGCCGCAGCUGUUCCAGUCGCGGUUCGCGCACAACGGAUACAAGACGAGCUUCGCCAUCGCGGCGGCCACGACGAUCGCGUCGUUCCUGGCCAACCUGUGGACGUGGUGGCUGACGCGCAACACCGAGUACGACGUGAUGAGGGUCCGGAGAAAGAUCCUCAAGGCUCGGAGGCUCGGCAAGGUCAACUUUGACGACGACAUCCGGGUGUUUGAAGAGAGACGCUUCUACGACGGGUUUAAACGCCAGGGGAGGGAUGACGGCGAGGAAAGCUCGCAGGCAUGA